AUGAACCUUGCAAAUUUGAAGUUGAAUGUUGUUGGGUCCGGUUUGGGUUUCUUUUCUUUGGUUUGGUUUGGUUUGGCUUGCAAAUUAUGGCGUUUUGUAAGCCCUUGUUGUUGUAGGCUCAACUCCUUUUUGAGAAGGUUUCCCGACACAGUUUCAAAGGGUUACACUUCAAAACCGCCUCUUGGGCCUGACAAAAUGCAUGCUUUACAUUCAUAA